ACGGACGCAGGGACGCGCGGAGGCGAGGGCCAGGAGAGCUGCGCGCGGAGCCAUGGACGUCGAGAGGCUGCUGGAGGCGCUGAAAGAUUUUGAGAAAAGGGGGAAAAAGGAAGUUUGUCCGGUCCUGGAUCAGUUUCUUUGUCAUGUAGCCAAGACUGGAGAAACAAUGAUUCAGUGGUCCCAAUUUAAAGGCUAUUUUAUUUUCAAACUGGAGAAAGUGAUGGAUGAUUUCAGAACUUCAGCUCCUGAACCAAGAGGUCCUCCCAACCCUAAUGUUGAAUAUAUUCCUUUUGAUGAAAUGAAGGAAAGAAUACUGAAAAUUGUCACUGGAUUUAAUGGUAUUCCUUUCACUAUUCAGCGACUUUGUGAAUUGCUAACAGAUCCAAGGAGAAACUAUACAGGAACAGACAAAUUUCUCAGAGGAGUAGAAAAGAAUGUGAUGGUUGUUAGCUGUGUUUAUCCUUCUUCAGAGAAAAACAAUUCCAGUAGUUUAAAUCGAAUGAAUGGUGUUAUGUUUCCUGGAAGUUCUCCGAAUUACACUGACAGGUCUAAUAUAAAUGGUCCUGGAACACCCAGACCACUUAAUCGACCAAAAGUUUCUUUGUCAGUUCCUAUGACUACAAAUGGCUUGCCUGAGAGUACAGACAGCAAAGAGUCAAAUUUACAGCAAAAUGAGGACAAAACUCGCAGUGACUCUCCAACAUCUGACUCAGAAAGUUCCUCAGUGAGCCCUAUAAAAAAUAAACAUCCAGAUGAAGAUGCUGUGGAAACCGAGGGGCAUGAGGUAAAAAGACUCAGGUUUGACAAAGAAAGCGAAGUCCGAGAGACAGGCAGUCAAACAUCUUCCAGUGAAAUAUCUUCAGUCAUGGUAGAAGAAACAGAAACCACAUCUUCAUCUCAGGAUAAACACAAAGAAAGUAGUUGUACCAGGCAGCAUUGUACAGACGAGGAUGACGAAGAGGAUGAAGAGGACGAAGAAGAAUCUUUUAUGACAUCAAGAGAAAUGAUGCCAGAAAGAAAAAAUCAAGAAAAAGAAUCUGAUGAUGCCUUAACUGUGAAUGAAGAGACUUCUGAGGAAACUAACCAAAUGGAGGAAUCUGACCUGACUCAACCUGAGAAAGAUUUACAUUCUGAAGGUAGUGAAAACACAGGCCCUGUAAGUAGUGGUUCGGAUCGCCGUGAAUCCGAAGAGUUAGGAUCCAAUGCCUCUAAAACUGGAAAGAUUCUCUCAGAGUCAUCCAUGGAAAAUGAUGAUGACGUCACAGAAGCCACAGAUGAACCAAUGGAACAAGACUAAUUAGAAACAUGUAGAUGCAGUAUUUUACAUACAGUUCUGGUUUUACACUGUAUAAAACCUUUAUGUAAUAAAGUGGACCUUAGUUUUACUAGAAAAGCAGGUUGUAAAAUAAAGUACUUUAUGGGAUAAAUCCUGCGAGUUGUAUGCAAGAACUGUGAAUAUCAGCUCUUCUGGGUCCUGCUUACCGCUGACUAUUUUGGUGUCUGGUCAAAUCAGUGGUUCGUGUAUAGAUUUUUUUUUUUUAAUUUUAGAAUUAAAGGUUUUAAACUGGAAGGUAAUAAUUAUAAUUUUGAAAACCUUUUGGAGAUUAUCACAUUUAGUUUACUACAUAUGCAAGAAAGCUUUUUGUCUUCUCUUUGGGACAGCUCUAGUAGUUUUUGUAUUUUGGUCAUACUUUCAACAUUUUAACGUGAAUAAUAGGGUUUCAUGCUGGUUUCCAGAUUUUGUUUGGCUAUGUACAAUGGAACGUUAAGUCAUAUAUACAUAUAUAUGUGUGUGUAUAUAUAUAUAUAUAUAUUCUAAGGGGGGAAAUGUUAUAUUUUUCUGUUUCUAUAAGAGAUGAAUACAGUGGAUACUUUUUCUAUUGGUAAUGAUUGAGUUCACCUCUUUCAGAAGAUAGUUUCUUUCUCUUCUGAGAAUUCAAAUAAAAUCUGGCCCUUGUGAAACCCUGGAAAUGUUAAGUCUGUUGGAACACCAGGUUAAACACAUUCCAAGUGAUCUGUUCAAACUAAAAUUUUUUUGUAUACUUCUGAGGUGCCUGAGAAAUAGAUUUCAUUAUUUAUGAGAAAAUGUGCUUUAUCUUGGAAAUUGUGUUCAAACUUUAGCUUACUCUUUUGUAGAAUGAAUGCUUGUAAAGCUGAUAGGAGUCCAUCUCAGAAGAACCGGGGAGGUUCCUUAGACCUUUUGCUUGCUUUUCUGAACAUUGUGAAUAUUACACAUUUCUUCCUAAAUUAUUCUAGAGUAUACAGAUGUCAAUGGUAUGAAACACCACUGUACUGGAAGAAUUAAUAUAUUACUUAGUAAUGUGUACCAGAGCUAAAUGACUAAAGCUUUAGGGGUGCAUAAAAACCACCAUAAUUUGUAUGACAUUUUGAAGUGAAUUAAAUAUUUUUGAACAUGCUUCUUUGACAGCCAGUGUUAUAUUUUUCAGAUCAACACAAAGCACAAUGAUUACUCUAAACUCAAUAUUUUAAAAUUCACAUAUUUAAAGUCAUACAAGCUGCAACUUCCCUGUCAAAAUUACUGGCUGCCAAAUUUAUACCUGUUUCUUCAGCUGUACCUUUUGAUAUUUAGAAUUUUUAAAUUUCUGUAGAUUUUGUAGAAUGUAAUGUGUUCACUGCCUUUGUGAAGCGGUAUAUAAUUGUAUAAUUUCUGUGUGUAAACCGAAUGCUUGGGCUUUCAAUACAGUAUUCAUAUAAAGCAAUAAAUAUUAAUGUUAUGAAA